AUGCAUGUUCUCUUGGCUCUMAAUACCGCUUGUCCAAAGGAUGCUUUUAAAGAAGGGGCUACUCUCAAACCCCGCUGGAAGUACGAGAUCCAAAGUCCAGGUUUUCCAAGAAAUUACCAGCCCAAUCAAACUUGUACUUGGAAAGUAUUUUUCCCUCAAUAUUUGAAAAAUGUACACAAAAGUUAUCAGAUGAUGCUGGUGUUCGACGUCAUGGAAAUAGAGCCUUGUACGUACUGUGGUUGUGAUUGGUUGGCGUAUUCUUAUAGGGAAAGUGAUUUACCAACAACCUCUCAGACCUAUUACUAUUAUAAAAAAUGCUCAUUGUACUCCAAAAAUGCCAUUGCCACUCUGAAGGAAAGUAGCUACAGCAAUAUUCGCAUAUAUUCCGAUCAAAUAAGUUCAAAUCAAAAGGAAUUUUGGUUACGAUUUCGUUCAGAUCCUUUUUCAGAAUUCAAAGGUUUCAAAGGAAAAAUAACAGUAGUAAACAGAAUGGCAUCUAGUUCACGUUGUUGGAAUACCAAAAACAUCAUCAACGAAACAAGCGGAAGCAUUUCCAGCCCCAAGUACCCAUCAAAAUACAUUCCAGGUCAGUGUAUAAUGUGGCGCCUCAUUGUUCCCWAUGGAUUUCGCGUCAAACUCACCUUUAAAGCUUUUGAGCUAGAAAAUGACAACUACUGCCUCAACGACUAUGUGGAAAUAAGAGAUUGGCAGCCCGCGGGGUGGAACGGUGAGUUACUUGGUCGGUUCUGUGGUAGUAUCAUUCCAGAAAAGCCGAUCUUCUCCUUAUCCAAUGAGAUGGCUGUAUUGUUCGUGAGUGAUKAUAACGCACAAACCGUGCACAVKGGCUUCAAUGCGCACUUUGAGAUGGAUGGUGACCAUCGCUCCAAUACGCUGUCCCAUGCAGUUUCAGGGGAUAUUCAACUGGAGCCAUUCUUCACACAUUCUGCUUUAGUGAUGGUGGUUGUCAUCAUGAAGAAACUCUUGCAAGAGAAUCUNGCAUCUAGUUCACGUUGUUGGAAUACCAAAAACAUCAUCAACGAAACAAGCGGAAGCAUUUCCAGCCCCAAGUACCCAUCAAAAUACAUUCCAGGUCAGUGUAUAAUGUGGCGCCUCAUUGUUCCCUAUGGAUUUCGCGUCAAACUCACCUUUAAAGCUUUUGAGCUAGAAAAUGACAACUACUGCCUCAACGACUAUGUGGAAAUAAGAGAUUGGCAGCCCGCGGGGUGGAACGGUGAGUUACUUGGUCGGUUCUGUGGUAGUAUCAUUCCAGAAAAGCCGAUCUUCUCCUUAUCCAAUGAGAUGGCUGUAUUGUUCGUGAGUGAUGAUAACGCACAAACCGUGCACACGGGCUUCAAUGCGCACUUUGAGAUGGAUGGUGACCAUCGCUCCAAUACGCUGUCCCAUGCAGUUUCAGGGGAUAUUCAACUGGAGCCAUUCUUCACACAUUCUGCUUUAGUGAUGGUGGUUGUCAUCAUGAAGAAACUCUUGUAA